UGCGUGUGUGUGUCUCUCUUUCUCACUGGCUCCGGUCUUCAGUUCCUCCACCAAUGACCUGUCCAACUUCGACCAUGGUUUUUUAAGAAGAAGUCCUGACCAGAACAGUUCCAGGGGAAGCAUGGAGAGUCUGGACCAUCUGCCGUCGGGAUACGCCCAUCCUUCCUGCCAUCUUUCGCCGGCCAAGUCCACCAGUAGCAUCGACCAACUGGGUCACCUUCACAGCAAGCGAGAUUCCGCUUACAGCUCUUUCUCCACCAGCUCCAGCACCCCGGAAUAUCAGCUGCCUCCCUUCUGCAAGGAGAGGUCCUAUUCCAUGGAGAACGUGCAUUCCCGGGCCAGGGCGCAAGAAGGUGGCAUGCGUCAAGCAGACAUCAGGUACGUUAAGACGGUCUACAAUGCCCAGAGAGGAGUUUCAGAGGAAUACGAAGUGAAGUCUUCUGCUCUCGUCCCCAGCGGUGAGGCCCACCCUCAAGGCUACAGCGCCAGCAGGCCGCACGGCCACCACAAAGGUCCACAGGCGCGGAAUUCAUUGGACAACGAGAGCCAGUACGCAAAAGGGCCUCCCAUGCCGCCCACCCGAAGUGAUAGCUACGCAGCACUCAGGCACCAUGACAGGCCCAGCUCUUGGUCUAGUCACGAACAAAGAAAGGCCUUGAGGACCCAUUCUAAAAAUGCUUGGCUUCUCCUAGGCCAGGGCACGCCGCCUACUGGACAGCUCUCGAAACCGGCAUUCCUAGAAGGGCAGCUCCACACCGUCAUGGAGAGGAGUCCAGAGGGCAGUCCCACCAUGAAGCCCAAACAAGGUUACCCCCAAGCUACUCAACCAGGACAGCCAUUGCUACCUACCGGCGUUUACCCCGUUCCUUCUCCCGAACCACAUUUUGCUCAGGUUCCUCACCCUUCGGCGAACAACAGCGGGCUGGUGUACCCGGCACUUGCCAAAGAGAGCGGUCACACUCCGGCUCCGGCUUCUUUUCCUGCUUCCUACGAAAAGGCCAUGUCCGGUAAGCCGCUUCCUGUCGUGGAUGAGAACGGAAACCAGAGCAUUCCAAGCAAGGCAACCGUCUUCUACCAUCCUGAAUGUGGACCUUCCGGAGCAGGGAAGAAAAAGAUGGACAACGAGACUUCGAAAGUCGUCUUGUACAGGACCCAUCCUCAAGCUUACCCAACCUCUCCAAGACAGGAGGACGAAGCAGAGCCCACCUAUAAUAUAGCACAACCCAACAUCCAAGAAAGUGCGAACGAGGCCCAGUACUUGAAUCAUGCCUUUCAGCCUUGGUCGUUUCACCUACGGGAUGCGAUGGCUGAGAGCAAAGCCUGCUGCCCGUCAAAGGCAUACAGUUCGGAAGAACAACAAGCGGAUCGGAAUGCCAACCUACCAAUAAAUGAGUGCGAUCCUACCGCACAAAACCAGUGGAAUCCCAACAAGGCGAAGCAGUACCUGUUCUCUUCCUUGCAAAAUAUCCCAGAGAGUACUCAGCUUCAAAACCUCAUGGAUUUGAAGGAGAUGCAAUCAGGAAGGAAUUGUCUGGGUGCCAAGUGGCAUAUUGUGAACUAUGCCAACCAGGAAGAAAAGGAUGUUAAAGAGCAGGUUCCAGAAUAUUGGCAGGACAGAGAAUGGCAUGCCACAGAAGAUCACCGAGAUGCCACUACUAGUGCUGAUUAUAGCCACGACACGGAACCAAAUUUUGAGGAAUCUUCCUCUCCGUUGCUCCCAAAGACCUCCGAUUUCAGAGCUGACCAGUUCCGAUCUUUCAGCAGCAACAGCUUUCAGCCCCCCUGGUCUGGGAAAAAGGAAUCUAGAAAGACCCGAUGUUCUGUGCUGGAGAAGGUCAGCAAGAUAGAGCGACGGGAACAAGGCCAUCAGCGUCCACAGAGCGCAAAUAGCUUGAGCCAAAAUUCAAAGAAGUCCGCCGUUGAAGAUAGCCGACGUAGACAUAACUCUCAAGAAUAUGGUCAAUUGCUGGAUGAACACGGCAGGCCGGCCAGCACAAAUAACUCCGACCUGUACCCAAAUGUACUCUACCUAAAUGAUAGAAGUACUAGCAAACCAGAAAAGUCCAACCGGUAUUCUGCAGAGCAGCAGAGGGUAAUCGCAGCGGCUUUGGUAGCACCGCCUGAUCAUCAGAGCACCUACCGCCACGGGUGCUCCAGCAAGGAGUCACACAAAAAGUCUGGGCAGCUACAAAGGAGCAGAAGUACGUUCCAAUUGUUGGAUGAAGCCGAGAGAGAGGUCUUACAGAAAGUCAGUGCCAAGGAACCGCACGGUUCGCAGCGAGAUGCCCCUGUUAACAGGACCUACAGGAACAGCAUUAAGGAUGCCCAGUCGAAAGUCUUGAGGGCCACCUCGUUCAGACGCAAGGACCUCAACAUUAGUCCUGCCUUUGGGAAGGAGGUUCAGAGAAGUACCCCAAGACCCGCUUCAGCCCACACCGGGAUGAGGAGCACAACAGCUUCUCCGCAUACCCCAAAGGAGAGGCAUAGCAUCACGCCGACGGAGAUAAAGAUGGAUCCUACCAAUAAAGACGCUCUCCCAGGACCUCUGCACGUGCACCGUAUUGGGGGAAGGAAACGGCUGACUUCCGAGCAGAAAAAGAGGUCUUACUCUGAACCGGAGAAGAUGAAUGAAAUAGGCGUCUCGGAUAAUGACCUCUCCCCGUCCUCGCUUCAGAAGAAGAUGCUCCAGUUUGUCUUCCAAGAGAGCACCGUGGCUGACCGACGCAAGAUCUUCGAGAAGGAGAACAAAGCUUGCUCCACCAUCAAUCUUUCCAGGCCGGAGCUGAAACAGCUGCAGCAAAACGCCCUGGCAGAUUACAUUAAGCGCAAAAUUGGGAAGCGCCCCUCUUCGGCUUCCCAAGAAAGGGAAGGAUCGCAGACCCCAUGCCGGCAAACGAACGGCCAAGAGAGUCAGCCUUUGUCCCCAGCUUCUAGCAUGAAUUCUCUCCAAGACCAGAGCCUCUUUCAUACUAGGGAGUCUCUAGAAUGGGCCUCUAGAAUGGGCCAUGUUUAUUCUCCGCUGCCCGGGCUUCAUGGUUGCUUUAAUCCCGUUGAAUUCGAGAGCAAGAUGGCGGGCCACCCAAGUCAUGGUGGCAGCAAAAGCUCCACGCCCAGUUGGCUAAAAGCAGAUGGCCGCCCAGAUCAUAGAGUUAAUCCAGAGCUUACAAAAAGCACUCAGACCGAUCUUGACCUUUGCACCUCGCCGCACCCCGUCAAUCAGGUCCUGGAGAAAAAGACGCGGCUGAUCAAGAAGCCUGGGAAAUCGGCUUCGGCAGAAGACUUGCUGGACAGGACAGAAAACCAGCCUAUGACCAUGCACGUCCGAUCCAGGUCAUCUCCCUCGUCAGAUAAAAUGUGCCAGGAUUUCCAGGUUGAAGACGGUAAUCAAAUCUCUCAUUUUAUGAAAGAUCCUUUCUACGUACUGGGUGCUACAAGCAGGUCAUUCAGCAAUAGCAAAAGAGGCCACCUGGAAAAAUCGGCCUUCACGCAGUACCGUCCUCAUCACAGCAGUGAGAAUGUGGGUAGCUCAGUGCCGCCCGCCGAGAGGCAGAAGGUCCCCGAUAUUCUCCGACAUCACAGCCGGACCUCGGCCUUUGUCUCCCCUUGCCCAGAGGCGAAGGAGAAGCAUUCCAAUGCCAAGCAAGGCUUCAGACGGGUCGCCCCUUCCAAAACGAGCUAUUCCUCUCGCAGUUCGGCGUCCUCCACCCCGACUCUUUCAGACUUCUCCACUGCUGGAGACAACCCGCUCACAAAAUGGCCGCCCAGAGCUGACAAGGAAGACAGUAACAAAGCUCAGAGCCAGGUCCUGGAAAGUGUUCACCCCCCAGGCAAGGAGCCAUCAGAAGAAACAACCUGGAGGUCCAAGUCUACUCUGUCUCAAAGACAACCCCCAGCUAAAGUGAAGUGGGCCAGGGAGGACAACCACCCAAAGAGCUCCACCUCUGUUCAAACAUCUGGCCAGAAGGGUUUCCAACCGUGGCACGGGAUCCCCUCUAAGAAUAGUUCCUUCUCUGAGCCAGAAUCUCUCUCUGGCCAAGGGAGGUUCUCCCUUCGCAUCUCAGAGACCUGUCUCCAGAUGUCCCCGCCACCAUUCUGUCGAGAAGAGGACGAUGAUGAUGUUUUCAUCCAAGAAGCCCAGGCUCAUCCUAGGGGUGCUAUCUCAGAAUAUCCACCGCCGCCUGAAAGUCCCAAUGACAACCUGGAAGACUUUCCAUCGCCUCCCCCAAGUGUGGCAUUCGAAGAGGAUUAUCCAGCAUCAGACAGCUCUAUUAGUCUCGCAGAGGAGAAGAUAACAACAAGGAACCUCAAAGCUUUUUCCAGGGACUUCACGGCGAGAGAGAAACUAGGACCAGAUUUCCUCAGGACCAACAUUUCUCCAGCUGUUGGAUCUUCAGAACCCAAAGCAACCGGAGUCCUUCCUUCUCCGGAAGCCCAAGAGCACCAUGCUGCCACUGAAGGAACGGUUGAGAAGGAACCUUCUCAAGAAGCCGCAAGGGCAAACGAGGAAUCCGAGAAGAAGGAGCUCCGCCUCAAGAAGAAUAAAAGGAAAGAGAAAACUCGGGAGGAUCUGAAGGAGGAGUCCUUGGCUAAGGAAAUUGUGCACAAGGACAGGUCCCUUUUGAGCAUCCUGGAUCCCGAUUCGAAGAUGAAGACCACGAUGGAUCUCAUGGAGGGGAUUUUCCCCAGAGGCUCCAGGGCGCUUAAAGAAAGUGCAAAGAAGAGAAUAAUGCAGAAAAGGAUAAAGGAUUCUGCCAGUAAUUUCUCUCCAGCCGGCAACAAAGAGAUCACUCAUACCCUAUUAGUUUGCUUCCCAGCGGUGACUGAUUUCUGUCUGCUUCUUCUUAACCAGGCUGAACUCAUUCAGAGCUUGACCCACAAACUAGAGAUCCUGAAGGAAGCCAAGGAGAGCCUCCUAGCAGACAUCAAGCUGAACAACACCUUGGGAGAGGAAGUGGAGUCCCUGAUCAGCGGCCUGUGCAAGCCCAAUGAAUUUGACAAGUACCGAAUGUUCAUUGGCGACCUGGAUAAGGUGGUCAGCCUCUUGCUUUCCCUCUCAGGGCGCCUGGCUCGGGUGGAGAACGUCCUCAGCAGCCUCGGCGAAGAUGCGGAUAAACAAGAAUGGGUUUCUCUGAACGAAAAGCGGAAGAUGUUAGCCGGCCAGCAUGAAGACGCCCGUGAGUUGAAGGAUAACCUGGACCGUCGAGAACGUGUGGUCUUGGACAUCCUGUGCAGCUACCUCUCAGAGGAACAACUUCAGGAUUACCAACACUUUGUGAAGAUGAAAUCGGGGCUGCUUAUAGAACAGCGGGAACUGGACGACAAGAUCAAACUAGGGCAGGAACAACUCAAGUGCCUCUUAGAGAGCCUCCCCACAGAAUACUUCCUCGAGAGCAAAAUGGCCGCCGAACCUCCAGCGAUCCCGGGGACCAACCCGGAUAACAGAUCGACCCCAUCUUUCCUCUGACCUUCUCCAGAUGAAGCUCGCAUUAAAACACACAAACCCCUUGCAUUUAUUUAAUCCGAGGCAGAGUUUAACUUUUGAAAUCGAAGGUGGAUUCGUUUUUCUCUUUCGAAUUGACGUAGGGAAGCCACAAAGACUUUACGUUCUUUUUUUUUUUUCUUUUUUUGGCCAAAGGUGCUUUUUCAAAAAGGCAACUGGAGUUUAUUUUUCUUUGAAGACGUUUCGCUUCCCAGCCGGGAAGCUUCUUCAGUUCUGACUCAAGAAGCUUCUUGGAUGAGAAGCCAAACGCCUUCAAGGAAAAAAGAAAAGUCCAGUUGCCUUUUUGAAAAAAGGCCUUUGGGACAACCAGGAUCUGGAUGAUUGAGAAGCUCCAUAGAUAUAUACAUAUUUUUUCCCCUUCUAUCUAACAAUCACAGCAAAUCUGUCUGGAGCACAUGAGAAAGGACUUUGUUAUAGUGGCUCAAAAUGACCCAGGAAGGAAAGCCUUGUGACCUAGGAAGGACAUUUGCUUCCAACUGUUCUGAGUUCAAGUCGUGCCCGUUAAAGGAGCGCCCUCUCCGAGCUCCAAAUUAAAUUAUGAAGGAUCGACAAUAAUGAAGCCUUAAUUAAAAUAUCGAUGAGCUCUCUGCUGUGUCUUGGACAAUAUUUAUAUUUUUUAAAGCUACGAGACAGAAUUCCGUAAAGAUUUUGUACAUACACUACUAACUGGUUGUUUUGAUUUUAUUUCAACAACACGGGGAGGGCGGGGGUAUGGUUUUAAUUUUGUGUGUGUGUGUGUGCUUAAAAACAACAAAAAGAAGCACCUCCCCUCCCCGUGGGGGGAGGGGCAAACACCAUAAUUUGGAGCAGCUGUGUGGAUGAUACUUAAAAGGACAGACCGAAAAAGCUUUGGGGAUCCGAGCCAGGGAUUCCUCGUGCACACAACUAUUGACACGCAACGAGUUAACUUUGUGCUCAUCCACUCAAAAAUGGGACGCAGAAGCAGU